AUGUCAAUUUUUAGAUCUCUCACAUCAUUAAGUAAUUUCAAUGUGAAUAAAAAUUAUAAUAAUAAUAAUAAUAAUAAUAAUAUUAAUAAUAUUGCCUCCACCAAAAUUAGUCAAGAAUCAAACCAAACUUCUUAUUUAAUUUUUGCACCAUUAAAAAGAUCUUUUACAUAUAGUUGUUAUAUUUAA